AUGGCAUCCAAGAUCACCAGCUCAGGCUACAUCGACUCCCCUAGCGGCCGGCUGUUCUUUGAACGAGAAGGAAGCCCUGAAGGGGCCUCUAUCCUAUUCAUCCACGGUCUGGGCGGCACGACAAACGCCUAUCAAAUGCUUGUUCCCGAGCUGCAAGAUUUUGAUCUGGUGCGGUUUGACUGGGCCGGUCACGGUCGCAGCAGUGUCCCUUCGACGCCAACGAGUAUAGAAUCCUACGUGGAAGACUGUGAAGCCGUUAUCAAUUCCCUCAAGCUCACCCGAGUCAUCGCCGUUGGGCAUUCGCUGGGAGGACUGAUUGCACUUCAUCUUGCAAGUAAACAGCCUCAGCUGAUCUCCAGCCUGGUGCUUUUUGGCCCGGUGCGUCCACCUCCUCCGGCCGGCCAAACUGGAUUGAAGGCUCGUGGAUCUCUCGUCCGCAAAGAUGGCAUGGUCGCUGUAGCAGACACAGUGGUUGCGAAUGCCUUUGCAGCCGAGUCAUAUGUGUCUCGCAGGGCACAGGUGACAUUGGCGAGAGAGUUGUUGACAAGGCAGGAUCCCGAAGGAUAUGCGCUGGCGGUCGAAGCUCUUGCGGCCAGUUCAUUGCCAGCCUGGGAGCCACUACGUGGGAAGCGGAUCCUCAUAUUGAGCGGAUCAGAGGACAAAGUCUCGACGGUGGAAGCUGGGCAAGGCUCGGUGAAAGAUAUUGGAAGCGAAGCCGAGCAAAAGGUGCUUCAAGGUGUGGGCCACUGGCAUAUGCUCGAGGAUGCAACAGCCUCAGUCCAGGCCAUCCGGGAAAUAGCAUCCCUAGGGUAG